AUGACUGAAGUCGCCAUUUACUUGUGGUAUUUCUGGGUUCUCAAAACUCAAGGAGAAAGAAUGCGUGUUGGUGGAAGAGCCGGGGGUCAGGCAUGUGUGCUGGGGCUCAUUGGUGGAACUGUCACGCUUACGAAAUCGUCGCUUUAUUGUAAGUUGGCAUUUGGUGAUAGGAGUUUUUGUUGCUAUACUGAUAGGGUAUAUAGGGAUGAGAGAGUGUUUCUCGGGAUUUAAAUAUGUUGGUCAUGCAGAUUGGGUACCGCUUUUGUCUACCUGGGGUUUUAUGAAGUAAGUCUUGCUGCGACCUGCUCGCGAAUAUGUUUUGUGGGUUACUUAUUUUGCUAACUGGUGAUAUCUUUGUUUAGCGUGGUAUAUUGUGCUGCCUCAAGUUAUAUGA